AUGAAUACGAAAAUAAGACCAAUCAACUGGAUUGUACUUUUCUGCUUUGUUCGCUUUGCAGUGGCAAAUCUGAUUGGCGGCGAGAUGCAAUCAUACUGGGAGCAACCGUACGCCCAGCCUUACUUCGACAAUAGCACAAAGCGGGAUGUGACUGCCACCGUAGGCCAAUCGGCCCUGUUGCACUGCCGGGUGCGGAACCUUGGUGACCGAGCGGUUUCAUGGAUCCGGAAGCGUGACUUGCACAUCCUGACCGUAGGAAUACUCACCUACACGAACGACCAGCGCUUCCAGUCGUUGCACACCGAGGGCAGCGACGAGUGGACGUUGAGGAUUACCUCGCCACAACCCCGGGACUCCGGCACGUACGAGUGUCAAGUGUCAACCGAACCGAAGAUUUCACAAGCCUUCCGGCUCAACGUCGUGGUUUCCCGGGCGAAAAUUCUCGGCAACUCGGAGCUCUUCAUCAAGAGUGGCAGCGACAUCAACCUGACGUGUGUGGCCCUGCAGUCACCGGCGCCGCCUUCGUUCAUCUACUGGUACAAAGGUGGCCGCGUGGUUAAUUACUCGCAACGGGGCGGAAUCAGCGUACUAACCGAGCGGCAAACCAAAACGAGUAAAUUGGUCAUUGCACGUGCGAUGCCGUCGGAUUCGGGCAACUAUACGUGCUCGCCUAGCAGUUCCGAUUCCGCCAGUGUGGUCGUUCACGUCAUAAACGGCGAACAGCCAGCCGCAAUGCAGCACGGGAAUAGCAGCGCUACCGCCAUUUGUUGUGACCUUUACAUGUUAAGAACCCAGGACUGCGCAACCAUCGCAAGUUUAUUCUGCUUCUCUGUCUUGAAGCAGCAACAGCAACCACAACCACUAGCGUAG